UCCAAAAACACGAAAGAAAGAAUCUAGCAAAUUCUUAACAGUCGAUGGAUCAAGAAGGAUCAUCACAAAGCCCUACCGGGCAGGGCCGUUCUCCCUCUGCACCCUCUAAUUCUACCGCACCGUCCCGGUCCCGUUGGUCACCUAAACCGGAGCAAAUCUUGAUACUCGAAUCCAUUUUCAACAGUGGUAUUGUCAACCCACCAAAAGACGAAACAGUGAGGAUAAGAAAAAUGCUUGAGCAAUUUGGUGCAGUGGGUGACACAAACGUCUUCUACUGGUUUCAAAACCGACGUUCAAGAUCUCGCCGGAGACAGCGGCAGCUUCAAACCGCUACUGCCGCAGCCGUCACUUCCAGAGGAGCUGAAGACCAGCAGCACAUGACGACCAUGAGCAUGCAUCAUCCUUACAGAAACAACGAGAUUAAUUUGGGAUUUGGAAGUUGUAGCAACUCGUCAGCUAAUUUCUUCUUUAAUGAUCCUUCAUCUCAAGUAUCUUCCUUUCUUCUCGGUCACUCGUCUUCUUCCUCGAAUGGUGGAUGUGAAAGUAACAAUGGCAUGGAGAAUCUCUUCGCAAUGUAUGGCCAUGAAUCUGAUCAUCCCCAUCUGCAUCAGCACAGCUCAAAUGAUGCAACAAUUUCAAACCCAUCUGAUCAAAACUCCAGUUUCCACUAUCAACAAGGUUUGAAAGUGAAUAAGGAAGAUACAACUUUUAAGUGA